CAAAUGCGUGGAUAGUAUUUUGCCCUCUUUGCUCGAGCUAUGGCGUCGGCGCUUCAAGGAAUUCUCAGCACGCCAUCGGCGCGGCGGGUCUGCGAGCAAUCGCUUGAGCAGGGCGCGGGCAAUGCAGGUAAUCGGCUGCAGUCUUGCCAGAUUUCCGUGAGAUCGUCACAUCUCUCCUCGGCGGCAUGCCUCUCCGGCAGAUCGAAGCUCUUCCUGGCGGCGUCGACGCCAUCGCUGACGCGAAAUUCCCGUCCGGGGCUCCGGAUCUUGGCGGCGGCAGGGAGCAAGAAGCUAGGGAAUCGCAAGCUCCGCGUAGCCGUGAUUGGGGGCGGGCCGGCCGGGGGAUGCGCCGCCGAGACCCUGGCCAAGAACGGGAUCGAGACCUUCCUCAUCGAGCGCAAGAUGGACAAUGCUAAGCCGUGUGGAGGGGCGAUUCCACUGUGCAUGGUGGGGGAAUUCGAUCUUCCACUCGACAUCAUCGACAGGAAAGUGACCAAGAUGAAGAUGAUCUCGCCCUCUAAUGUGGCAGUGGACGUGGGGAAGACCCUCAACGAGAACGAAUACAUUGGGAUGGUGAGAAGGGAGGUGCUGGAUUCUUAUCUCCGCGAGAGAGCCGCCUCUUUCGGGGCCAAUCUCGUCAAUGGCCUGUUCCUCCGGAUGGAAAUGCCCAGCGACGCCAACGCUCCCUACGUUCUCCACUACAAUCUCUACAAGCCAGGAAGCUCUGUGGGAGUUCCCGCAACCUUGGAAGUCGACGCGGUGAUUGGAGCCGACGGGGCGAACAGCCGUGUCGCCAAGGACAUAGACGCUGGCGACUACGACUACGCCAUCGCCUUCCAGGAGAGGAUCAAGAUCCCCGACGACAAGAUGGUGUACUACGAGAACUUGGCCGAGAUGUACGUGGGCGACGACGUUUCUCCGGAUUUCUACGGCUGGGUCUUUCCAAAAUGCGAUCACGUCGCUGUGGGAACCGGGACCGUGAUCAACAAGCCAGCCAUCAAGAAGUAUCAGGUUGCGACCAGGCACAGAGCUAGAGAUAAGAUUGCCGGGGGGAAGAUCAUCCGGGUGGAAGCUCACCCGAUACCCGAGCACCCGAGGCCGAGGAGAGUCCGAGACCGAGUAGCGCUGGUGGGAGACGCGGCUGGCUACGUGACCAAGUGCUCGGGCGAGGGGAUUUACUUCGCGGCAAAGUCUGGGAGGAUGUGCGCCGAGGCUAUCGUGGAGGGGUCCGAGAAGGGUGUCCGCAUGAUCAACGAGGCCGAUCUGAGGAGCUACCUCCAGAAGUGGGACACCAAGUACUGGCCGACUUACAAGGUCCUCGACAUCCUCCAGAAGGUUUUCUACCGAUCCAAUCCCGCUCGCGAGGCGUUUGUAGAGCUCUGUGCCGACGAGUACGUCCAGAAGAUGACCUUCGACAGCUAUCUCUACAAGACGGUGGUGCCCGGCAACCCACUGGAUGAUAUCAAGCUUGCGGUGAACACGAUCGGGAGCUUGAUCCGGGCGAAUGCGCUGCGAAAAGAAGCCCGGAAGGCGGUGCUUACGUAGAACCAAAGAGCUGUAUAUGAUAUAAUGAGAACUUUUUCUCGAGUACAUGUGUUUUUUAUAUUAUCCUUGGCCAAUUAAGCCUUC